CUUCCGCCGCGGCUUCUAACGCGUCCGCUCUUCGGCCUUCUCCAGGAAGUGAAUCUGAUGCCGGAACUCGAGGAGCCCGUGACUCGGCAGGAGAAGAUGGCGACCGUGUGGGAUGAGGCUGAGCAAGAUGGGAUCGGGGAGGAGGUGCUCAAGAUGUCCACGGAGGAGAUCAUUCAGCGCACACGGCUGCUGGACAGCGAGAUCAAGAUCAUGAAAAGCGAAGUCUUGAGAGUCACCCAUGAGCUCCAGGCCAUGAAAGACAAGAUCAAAGAGAACAGCGAGAAGAUCAAAGUGAACAAGACCUUGCCUUACCUCGUCUCCAACGUCAUCGAGCUGUUAGAUGUUGAUCCCAAUGACCAAGAGGAAGAUGGUGCCAAUAUUGACUUGGACUCUCAGAGGAAGGGCAAGUGUGCCGUUAUCAAAACCUCCACACGACAGACAUACUUCCUGCCUGUGAUUGGGUUAGUGGAUGCUGAAAAGCUCAAGCCAGGAGACCUGGUGGGUGUGAACAAAGAUUCCUAUCUAAUCCUGGAGACCCUGCCCACCGAGUAUGACUCAAGGGUGAAGGCCAUGGAGGUGGAUGAGAGACCCACAGAGCAGUACAGUGACAUCGGGGGCCUGGACAAGCAGAUCCAGGAGUUGGUGGAGGCCAUUGUUUUGCCAAUGAACCACAAAGAGAAGUUUGAGAACUUGGGGAUCCAGCCUCCCAAAGGGGUGCUGAUGUACGGACCCCCGGGCACAGGAAAGACCCUACUGGCCCGUGCUUGUGCUGCACAGACCAAGGCCACUUUCUUGAAGCUGGCUGGUCCCCAGCUGGUGCAGAUGUUCAUUGGAGAUGGUGCCAAGCUGGUCCGGGAUGCCUUUGCCCUGGCCAAAGAGAAAGCUCCGUCCAUCAUCUUCAUCGACGAGCUGGACGCCAUUGGCACCAAGCGCUUUGACAGUGAGAAGGCUGGGGACCGGGAGGUGCAGAGGACGAUGCUGGAGCUGCUCAACCAGUUGGAUGGCUUCCAGCCCAACACCCAAGUGAAAGUCAUUGCAGCCACUAACAGGGUGGACAUCCUGGACCCUGCUCUGCUGCGCUCUGGUCGCCUGGACCGCAAGAUCGAAUUCCCGAUGCCCAACGAGGAAGCCCGGGCCAGAAUCAUGCAGAUCCACUCUCGGAAGAUGAACGUCAGUCCUGAUGUGAACUAUGAGGAGCUGGCCCGCUGCACAGACGACUUCAAUGGGGCCCAGUGCAAAGCAGUGUGUGUGGAGGCGGGCAUGAUCGCGCUGCGCAGAGGUGCCACGGAGCUCACCCAUGAGGACUACAUGGAGGGCAUCCUGGAGGUGCAGGCCAAGAAGAAGGCCAACCUGCAGUACUAUGCCUAGCAGGACCCGCAUCACGCCCCCUCCCUGUUCUUUUCUGUUGAAAAUUAGUAAUAAAAGAUGGUUUCAAGUCCC